ACGUGGCACGCCGCGCCCCACGCCGCACCGCGCGACUCGCCCAGCACGUGGAGAGAACGGAGUGCCACCACCACCACCCCCGUGCGGAUUUCUACGCCGUACGGGCGCGCUGACACCCCCCGCCGCUCCGAAACCCGGCACCGGGGCCCGGCGUUUCUGCGCCUCUCGCCAUGGCCGAGGAGAAACCCUUGCAGCUCAAAGACAAUUACACGGUCUCCUACAAGUUCGAGCCCUUUUACUCUGGAGGCAAAGUGCAGUUCAGCGGCGAUGGACAGCGCCUGCUGUGCACCUGCGGCACCAAGGUGCAGGUGCUGGACGUGAGCACGGGCAAAGUGAUGCACACCAUCGCCCAGGAGGAUGAGGAGGACGUCACGUGCUUCGUGUUGAGCCCGGACGAUGAGGUGAUGGUAACGGCGAGCCGGGCGAUGUUGCUGCGGCAGUGGGCGUGGCGCGACGCCGCGGUGUGCCAGCGCACGUGGAAGGCCGUCCACGUGGCCCCCAUCGUCAGCAUGGCCUUCGACGCCACCUCCACACUGCUGGCCACCGGGAGCAGCGAUGCCACCAUCAAGGUGUGGGACAUCGUCAAGCAGUACUGUACCCACAACUUCCGCGGCUCGUCGGGUGUCGUCGGCGUGGUGGCGUUCCACCCGGACACGUCGUGCCCCCGCGUUCUCUCCGCCGCCUCCGACUGCAAGAUCCGCGUGUGGGACCUGCAGAGUGGUGCCUGCAGCGCCACCCUCGACGGCCACUACAGCGCCGUCACCGCCCUGCGCUUCGCCUGCGACGGGCGCACGCUGCUCAGUGCCGGGAGGGACAGCGUCGUGCUGCUCUGGGAGCUGGAGGCCGGCGUUGUGCGGAAAACGGUGCCCGUGUACGAGCCCCUGGAGGACCUGGUGGUUCUGCCUGAGGAGGGCGAUCAAUCGGCACUGGGAGUGGAGGGGAAGGGCAUCCACUUCGUCACCGCGGGCAGCAAAGGCACGCUGCGCGUGUGGGACGCGGCGAAUGCGCGCUGCGUCUUCACGGCGCCACCGCCCGAGGCCGGCUCGCCAGGGGACGACGCCGCAGCAGCGGCUGCGAGCGCCGGGCCCGGCGACGGCGCGGAGCGAACGAUCGUGCAGGCUCACCUCGUGCCGGCGCUCGGGCAAAUCGCGGCCGUCACCUCCGACCACAACAUCAUCCUGCACGCGCUGGGAGGGCUGACCGUCGCAAAGCAGUUCGUGGGCUACAACGACGAGGUGCUGGACGUGAAGUUCUUGGGCAAGACGGACUCCCACGUGGCGGUGGCGACCAACAGCGCCCAGAUCAAAAUCUUCCAGCUUGACAGUUCCCACUGCCAGCUGCUGCACGGGCACAGGGACAUGGUGCUGGCGCUGGACGUAUCGCGAAGGGGCACGAUGCUCGCCAGCAGCUCCAAGGACCGCACGGUGCGCGUGUGGAGCAUGGAGGAGGCGAGCGGGCACGUGCGCUGCGUCGCCGUGGCGACGGGACACGCUCACGCGGUCGGGGCCGUCGCCUGGUCCAGGCUGAAGGAUGGCUUCCUGGUGAGCGGGAGCCAGGACUGCACCCUGAAGCUGUGGGACCUCCCCAAGGGUCUCUCGUCCAGCGGCACCGCCACCACCGCCCUCACCUGCCGCUUCACGGAGAAGGCGCACGACAAGGACGUGAACAGCGUGGCGGUCUCCCCCAACGACCGGCUGGUGGCGAGCGGCUCCCAGGACCACACGGUGCGGCUGUGGGCGGUGGCGGCGAAGAAGAAGAAGGAGGAGGAGGGGGGGGGCGGUGUUGGCCCCGUGGCGGUGCUGCGGGGCCACCGUCGCGGCGUCUGGGCCGUCGCCUUCUCCCCCAUGGACCAGGUCGUCGCCUCCGCCUCCGCCGACGGCUCCGUGCGGCUCUGGGGGCUGCACGACUUUGCCUGCCUCAAGACGUUUGAAGGUCACGAUGCGUCGGUGCUCAAGGUCGUGUUCGUGGCGCGAGGGACGCAGCUCCUGACGAGCGGCUCGGACGGCCUCGUGAAGCUCUGGACGAUCAAGACCAACGAGUGCGUGCGCACGCUCGACGCGCACGACGGGAAAGUCUGGGGCCUCCACGGCAGCCGCGACGACGAGCGUGUGCUCACCGGCGGGAGCGACGCCUGCAUCGUGCUGUGGAAGGACGUGACGCAGGAGGAGCAGGAGGAGGAGCGGAAGAAGGAGGAGGAGCAGCUGCUGAAGAGACAGGAACUUUCGAACUUGCUGCACGAAAAGAAAUACCUGAAGGCUCUCCGCCUCGCCAUCUCCCUCGAUCAGCCCCACACGACACUGACCGUCAUCCAAGCGAUCCUGGAUGAGACGGGAGGACGAGAGGACCUGGAGGCCACCAUCGCCAAGCUGAGACAGGACCAGAAAGAGUCGCUGCUCAAGUUCGCCGUGACGUGGAACACGAACUCUCGCAGCUGCCACGAGGCGCACGCCGUGCUCGCCACGCUCUUCCGGCACGUGCCGCCCGGCGACCUCCUGCGCUUCGCCAACGUGCAGCCCGCCGUCGAGGCGCUGCUGCCCUACAGCGAGCGACACUUCCAGAGGAUGGGGCGGCUCCUACAGGCCGCCAUGUUUGUGGACUACACCUGGAGGAGCAUGCGGCUCUUGUCCGACUUCAAGAGCACGGAUGCCAUGGAGGUGGACGGGGUGGACGCCGCUCGGCCGAGCUUCAGGGUAGACAAAAUCGGAGCUCGACCUCCGAGCGGCAACGCUGGCACCGCCGAUGCCAGCGACGGCUCUGUGUCCGGGUUCGAGUCGGAGUCCGAAUCGUCGGACGAUGAUGAUUGCAAGGCCACGGAGGUGCCCAGGACAAGACGCGGCAAGGCAACUCCCGCACCAAAAUCCAGCAGCGAGGAUUCCGGAUCAGAGUCGGAGUUGAGUGAAGAAGAUGAGGAGAAAGAACAGCCAUGCUCCACUAGUGACGAGGACUCAGCUGCUCUGGGUUUUGAGGCAAAACCGCAAACGAAAGUGGCGGGGAGGGUGACUCGCGCGCACCAUUGCUAAAGGACAAUCGCCCAAGGCUCUAAAGAAGCAAACGAAAAAAGUGUAGUGCCCCAAAAGUUUAGUUGUUUCGUACUGGGCUUAAGGUGGACAGCAGAUGGCAACAUCCGUUUGUUGUUGCGCUGUUUCUCUAUGCUCCCCCUGCCUUCAAACUACAUUGACCAGCAUAAAGUAUGAACCCCCCCAGGACCAGCAUGGCAUGGGGAGGCACUCAUCCAGCAGUGGAUUGGCAAAAGGGGGCUCUACACUUACUGGUUAAUUUUAAUGUGUUGCCCUUUACUGUACCAACCGUGUGCGCCGGAACCUCGCCCACCAAUAGCUCAACAUUUUUGCAUCAAUAAAAUAUUCUUACCCUCAAAA